UUGUUUUUUUUAUGUAGCAGGACAAGCAAUACAUCGUCGUCGCUUGAUGUGGAGUCCAUCUUUGUAGCGCGACGUUUUAAGAAAAUAUCGCUUAUUCGCGUCGCGUUCGGUGUGAAAAGGCCUUUCAAAGAACAAUAAGCAGUUGUCUCUAGACUCUCUAGCACUUUACAGUCCAGUGUGAAUAAUGAGCAACUAUCUUCAUGAGGACAGCAGACUUGACAACAGCAGUCUCUUCAUUCAGCUCACAUUUCAUGUCUUGACAUCCUAGUACAGGUUGUGCAGGUACAUAAUUAAAUCCAAACAUCAGGACAGUGUAAAAGUUUCUCUAUAUAGCCAAUUUUGAAUUCAAAAUGACUGUUAUCACUGCGACUGUCAUUGUCACUGUUACUAAAAUAUUAAUGACAAUCUGCUUCUUUGUUUAACCAAUCUAUUACACCGUAGGUUGUCAACGUGUAGGCUUAUUUCCACCUAAAAAGUCACAGCACUCUCUGCUGCACAGACGUGAUAUGCACGUAAUUGUUUUACAGCCUAGGCCGUAAUAAUCGAGUGCGGAAAAACAGACAGAAUUGUUAAUGAAUAUGAAAGAUAAUUUAAGCACUGACAAUACAUUAAUUACAGUUACUGCUAAAAUAUGAGGGUUUUUAAUCACUUUAUGUACAGUAAGUACAGAACAAAGAACAAAAUCCUCUUUUAUCAAUUAUUCUGACCACAUUACUCCUGAAACACAGUUGGUGCCUUCAUGAGCUAUCGGGAAAUAUUAAUUAUAGAAUUUUCUUGGAUCAUUUGAAAUGUGGUUAUAGAUGACUGACAAUCAACAUUGCAGUAGCCAGCGUUUCAUAGAGUAAUAUGUUCUGAAUAAAUCAAAUGUUGUUUGUGAGCAUUUAUAAUCCCUUCAGGGCCACUGAAUCCUCUCACACCGAGUCCACAGGCGAUAUGGGAAAUGGGAAAUUACGGGGCGCAUCAGAAGACAGCAGGGGAGGCAAGCAAGACGACGGGGCCUAGACAAGUUCUGCUAUAUUUCUACACUUUGUGGACAAAAGUUCACGAUGCAUUCACAACCUCCACCGAAGCCAUGGGAAAGACGGAUUCCAGGAGUAGUGAGUGCACCUGUAAAUUACAGACAUGCAGAUUUUGCACCAACUCCAGGUUCCUCCACUACUGCCAGUCCUCCUGUCUUGACCAGGAUGGCACCCCCAGUGCCUCCCCGUCCUGUCCAUCAAUCCUACCGUCCCUCCUACAACUCUUUCACUUCCUCUUUUGGGCCCUAUGGGAACUCUUUCUAUGGUGGCUACAGCCCCUAUAGUUAUGGCGGCUAUGGCCUGGGGCGGUACAACAGCGUCUCCCACCUUGAAGAUGUGGCCCCCAGUAGGUUUGUGCAGCAGGCAGAGGAAAACAGCCAUGGCGCCUUCCAGUCCAUUGAGAGCAUCGUCCAGGCCUUUGCCUCAGUUAGCAUGAUGCUGGAUGCCACCUUCUCUGCUGUGUAUAACAGUUUUCGUGCUGUGCUGGAUGUAGCUAACCACUUAACACGGCUGCGUGCACACCUCACUCGAGUCUUCUCAGCCUUUGCUCUGGUACGCACUUUGCGCUACCUCUACCAACGGUUACAGAGGCUGUUGGGGCAGAGGUCAAAUGCCGAGGUUGAAGACUUAUGGGCAGACAGUGCUAGUGAUGCUCUAGCUACUAGUGCAUCCAGAGGGUAUGGAGCAGGGGUGGAGUAUCCAACUAGCAAGUCCUGGCCAAUCUUUCUGUUUUUUGCUGUAGUUUUGGGUGGACCCUACUUCAUUUGGAAACUGCUAAACUCCAGCACAGACUCGGGAGAAAAUGCCACUAACUGGGCAAAUGGAGAGGAUGACCAUGUAGUGGCCAGAGCAGAGUAUGACUUUACAGCUGCAUCCGAGGAGGAGAUUUCUCUGCGUGCUGGGGACAUGCUCAACCUCGCCCCUAAAGAGCAACAGCCCAGGAUGCGUGGCUGGCUGCUGGCCAGCUUGGAUGGUCAGACCACAGGGCUUGUCCCAGCCAACUACGUCAAGGUCCUUGGCAAAAGGAGAGGUCAGAAGCAUGCAGAGAUUGGGAGGGUUGCUCAGGUCCAGCAAGGGAGCACAGAGGAGUAUCAGACAGCCUUGGCUGCACAACCACAGCCUCAUCCUGCCCAAGACUUUACCCCAGGCCUUGGUUCAGCCCCCACCUCCGAUUCAGCAGAGAUGCUAGAAUCGGUGUACAGAGAAAUCCCAGCUUCCUUCAGCCUGAGAGCCUCCAACUCCACUAUGCCUUCUAGUGUGGUGCUAAGCAUCCCUGAGAAGACUGACCUGUGAUGUUUCUGUAUGCACAUCUGUGUAAUAGCGGUUGGUUCAGUCACCACUUGUUUGCAGUGUUUAACUCUGAAGCUUGAUUAAAUCAGCUGACAGUAAAUUUUUGAGGAAAUGCCAUGGACCUUAUAAAGAAUAAUUCAGAGUAGUUCCUAGGUUCAUCUAAACAAAUCAUAUUGUCUUUCAUGCAAGGUUACUGGUGAAAAAUGCUUUCCAUCCCCAAGUUCCCUGUUGUACUGUCUUGUUUAGAACCACUGUGUCUCAAAUUAGGAGGCUAUCUUUACAUGUCCUUUAGCCAGAUCGUGUAUAAGAAAUACUUUUUUUGGAUGAUCUAAAUAUGGUAUAUUACUGUGCUUAACAUGUCUGACACAAGAAGUAACAUCUGGAGAUAGUUCAGUUACAGAACUCAGUCCAGUGUUUAAGUUAUGUAAGUAAAUGCACUGGCAUAUCAUCUGUAUGAUAGUGUAAGGACAAAGCCAAGAUAUUCAGUUUGAUACUGCAAUGUAACCUUGUGUUUAGUUUAGGCCCUCAUUUGUAGGUUACUUGUUCCUCUCUAUUUCCAUCUUUAUUGAGCAAAUGGGAAUGGAAUAAUUCAGAAUAAGAAGGGGCUAAUUUUGCACAUUUUGUAAAUAUUUAGUAUAAUUAUUUUGGUGAAUAAAUGUUUAAGAAAAAUUGUCCACUUUGUGAUUGAGUGAGUAGAAGUAGCAUUUUACAAAUUGUGUGGAUGCUGUGAAGCAUCCCUUAACUACUUUGGUUCUAUACCGGAAACAUAUUCCUUGUCUGUA